GAAUUUUUUUGUAGUAAUUUAUUUGUGGUAAAGGAAUUUAGAAAAAUUCUCAAAUGUAUAUUAGUUAAUAAUAGUGAAAUUAAGAGGCAAUUUGUGAUCUUCCAUAUAAUGAAGCAGAGUAGAGGGAAAUCGUACUGGCGGUUUUUGGGAAUUUUGUUAUUUAGCAUCGCGGCGCUCGAAACAGUCUGGGCAGCGUCCGUGCCUGAACCUGGAAUGGUUUAUUCCGAUCCUUUUCCUGACGAUACAGAAAAUUAUAUAUGGCUACAAAAGUUGAAACAAAUCCACGACAUAAAACUCGAAAUAUCUGAAGACGAACGCGAACUGUCAGAUGCUCAGCUGGAAAUUCAGGCGAUGCUGGAAGCCAACGCCCGAAAUCAGCGAGUACCGCAUUACCCGAUACCGCCGGAAUUUUUGAGCGAAGAUCCUGAAGCUCUGCCGGUUCCCGAACCGCGAGUGAACCCAGGACCAACGCACUCGGGCAAAAGGACCAGCUAUAUGGCUCUAUGUCAUUUCAAGAUCUGCAACAUGGGACGCAAGCGACAAUUGCCCGAGAAGAAAUGAGCUGACGACAAAGAAAAGGAUUACUUAAAACAUCGCGUCCAGCCCUUGAAACUCUCUUAAUUACCAUUUUAAACAAACGCUGCGUUUUAUUUUUUUUUUUCAUAUGUAUUAUCUUGUAAAUUAAAAUUAAUAAUUAUUAUUUUUUCUCUGUAA